AGCGGUGCUGCCCGCGAAGCGCGGACCGCGGGAGCAGCCGGCAGCCGCUGAGGCGCUGAGUUUCAGGGCGAGAGAGCCCCACAGCUCUGACUCCAUCUAGCGCGGCGGCGGCGGCGGCGGCGCCUGAGGGAGAGAGGCGCGUCCACCUGGCGGGCCCGGCGCAUGGAGCUCAGGCAGAGGCGGCGGCGGCGGCGGCAGCAGUAGCAGCGGCGGCGGCGGCGGCAGCUCGAGCAGCGGCGGCGGCGGCGGCGGCAGCCCAGCGUUGACGGCGGCCGCGCCAGCUCCGGCGCCCGCUGCCUGAGCCCGCCAGCGACGUGCGCCUCGGGAGUCGGCCUGUGAGUUGGAAAAGGCCACGGACAGCCCCCAACACAAAUGCUGGUGUGGGUCAUCUAGACUCUGAGACCUGAGGCUUAAAGGCCUUUGGGGAAGAGCAUAGCAGCCUACUGGGACAGGAUCUAUGAACACUUCUCAGGCUCAACUGAGGGGAAAGGCAGGUUGGACAACAUUUGGACUUGGAAUGAAACAAUAAGAGGUUACAUUCAUGGAUAACCAACAAGAUAAGGCUGUUGUUGCCUCAGCCAACGGAGAAAACACUCUGAUUAAUGGGGUCAAAGAAAAUGACUCAGAGGACCAGGGUGUGGCAAUGAAGUCAUUUGCAGCUCUAGAAGCUGUCGCACCAAUCCAGCCUAUACCAGUGGUUCAAAAAGAGACCUUGAUGUAUCCCAGGGGUCUCCUGCCUCUGCCCUCGAAGAAACCCUGUGUGCAGAGCCCUCCCUCUCCUUUGGGCCUGAUUGAACCACCUGAGCAUGCUGCUAAUAGCACUUCUGUGAAUGCCAUCUCCCUUACAUCUGGUGUUGCAAAAGGCCUGAACACAUGGUCACUGCCCAAUGAGUGUGAGAAAGCUCCAUUCACCAUAAUGGAGCCUGCAGGCAUGUCAGCUCUGAAUGGGGACUGCCUCAUGCAGCCAAGCCGGACUUGCUUGGGCUGCUUCAUGGACUCCAAGGAUGCAGUAGAUCCUGAGCCGGGGAUCAGUCUGAAAGUCAGUGAUCUAAAUAGGGAUUAUGAAACCUGUGCAGUCUCUGAUAUAGGGAUUCAGUGUAUUAAUGCUGGAGAAAACAUGAAAUACGGAGAGCAGCUGCUCUCAGACCAGCUCCUGGGCUUCCCCCUGCACAAAUCAAGGGCAGGAGAUAGACGAGAAGCUGAGAAACCUGACAUCGACUUGGAGGAUCCAGCUCAGAAAAGUUAUUAUGAGGCAUUACUGUUAGAUAAGUGCAAUACAGAAGAGGCUUUGCUGGCAAAUUCCAAUCAGGAUUGGGGUUACUUUGAGACUUUCAUUAGUGAGAGUAAGAUUGAACUGCUUGACCUCUGUUCCAAGAAUGAGCUGUCUGUCAAUCUAUUCUCUGAAGAAGAUGUGGAUAACUAUAUGUUCGAUGAUGAUGAGUCAACGUUGGGCAGUGAUGUCUGCUCCCUGAAAAUUCGAUAUGAAUCCUUCCAAGACAAUGUUCGAGACAAGACCACCCUUCUGAUGCAGGAGGAUGCGCAAUUCAACUUUUUUCCCAGUGUCUUUACUACCUGUCCUAAGCGAGAGUCUAAGAGUGGGGCCCUGAAACAGAGCAGUGAUCUUUCCCAAUUCAAGGUCCCUGAUGUGAGCAUCAUCUGGGGAGAGGAAGAUAAAAACUUGGACAAGAAGAAAGGCAAAGAAGAAGGACAGGAAGACAAAGGUGUAGAGAAAAAAGAUGGAAAGGAUAAUGGAGAAAAGUCUGCCUUAAAUAAACCAUGCAGUGGGACUGAGGUAGGGCAAUUUAAGAAUCCAAAGCAGGGCCAUCUUGCAAAUUCCUUGGAGGCAUCAGGGCAUUUCAGUGAUGACAGUUCCUUCAUUGAGGUCUCUUAUGAUGCCAUGGGAGAGAUCAAGGACUGUAGCCGCUAUAUGGCUCGGGACACUAAUUCUGGCAGCUCCUCCUCCCAACAGAACUAUGGCCUGCGAGCCAAGAGAAAAGUCAGGUACAGUGAAGAUUAUCUAUAUGAUGUUGAUUCACUAGAGGGUGAAAAAGUAAAUGAGAGGAAGGAAUGGCUGCCAGGUGGUUCAAAAGAGGAAGAUGAUGAUGAAUGGUGUCCCAAAAAGAGAAGAAAAGUAACCCGUAAAGAACCCCCUGUUAUUAUCAAAUAUAUCAUCAUCAAUCGCUUUAAAGGUGAGAAGAACAUGCUGGUGAAGUUGGGUAGAGUGGAUGCCAGUGAGACAACAGUGAAUUUGAAUGAGAAUCAACUCAACAAGUACGCCAAGCUGGCCCCCUUGAAGGGCUUCUGGCAGAAGAAAAAGAAACAGAGAAACAGCAAUACAGACUCCAACAAGACACCCUUAUGCCAAAAGCAAAGCUUUGAACCAGGUAGCUUUGAGAUGUCAUUUCUGCCACCUGCUCGCAAACGAAAAUCUAAACUUAGCAACAGGCACAGAAUUCAAAGAAUCCCAUCCAUGGAAACUUCAGCAAGUGGUAAGCAGGUUUCAUUCUGCAAUGAUCAGAGGCAAGCUAGUAGUCAUAAAGAAAAUGGAAUCCUGAAAGGUACACUGAAGUCAGCACCUCUGGCUGUCCCCAGCUGUGCAAAUGGAUCACAUUUAAAUGAUAUCACAGGUCCUGAAUCAGUAAAAGUAAAAGCCCAAGAUGCAGAAUUUAAGGGGCCAGAGAGGAAAGUGCUCAACAAAAUCAAAUUUAAAAGUGAAGCCAGGUUAAAAUCCAAGAAAAUCAAAGCUGGGCAAGAAAGCAAGCCAGUUGUUCAAAUGAGCCCUCUUUUGGAAGACCAAUCCUCCAAAGCUAAUUUAAAGAAUGAAGCUAUUCCUGGGACCUCAAACAGUUCCCAUCUAUCUGAAUUUCAUGAGGCAAAGGUUGCUAAGAAUUCUACUUUCCUACCAACCACCUGCUCCUCUGAAAUGCCUCUAUCAUCUGCUAAUGUUGCCACCAAUAUACCUGUUAUACCUGGAGGGUAUUUGCAGACAUUGUUAGAUCCUUCUGACUUGUCAAAUAAUACUGGUAUCUCAUACUUCACUCACCAUUCUCCAGAGCAAAAUGAAGGCAACCUCACUCAAACAGAAAAAUCAUUUGUACCUCUCCAGCCUGCGCAGGAUUGUGUGCUUUCCUCACCUUCUGAGUCUGAGCUGCAGCAGCCAUCCCAAAACUUCAAAAUGGAAUCAAACAACUAUGGAAAUGUGUGGCCCAACAAGCCUACUUCCGGCCCACAGGAAUUCAUAGCUGAAGUCUCAAGGGAGAUAGCUCCAACCCAAUCCAGUGAAUUUGUAGUCUCCCAAGUAGUCUCCAUGGAAAAUAAUCUCACAGCUACAACAUACAAUCCAAUCUGCCUCAAUAGUGGUGGCAGUAGUUGCAACAAGGUCUUAUACGCCUCUGUGCAAGACACCCAGCUCCCGUCUGAUGACUCUUAUCAAUUAUGUCACUUUAAUAAUGCAGAGCUCUGCUUUCCUUUCCAGCAGAGCCCAGUCAGUAUGGAUGAUGGUCGACUCUUUAACUUUGAUUCAAUAAUACCACUCUCUGUCAACUCAAGCAAUUAUUGCUCCUUAAGCUUGAAGCCCUGUGAAAAGGAUGGUGAUGAUGAUAUCACUGAUGACUUCCUGGCCCACUGCAGCCCCAAGCUGGUGAUCCAGCAGAGCAUUGAUGAGAUAGUACCACUAAAGGAGUCCACUGACCUCCUGGAUAUCUCCAACUUCACUCCUGACAAAUUCCGCCACUCUUCUCUCUCAGAGAUGUCCCCGCCUGACACCCCUAGUCUUUCUCCUCAAAUUACCAGAUGUGAGGGUAUCAAGACACUAGGAACACUGAAGGGGUUCCAAGAGGGUGUCCCAGGCCCACUGGGCAAUAUGGAGAAAAUCAAGUGGGACUGCAGUACCCUUUCACGGCAGGUCCAAGUGGAUGAUGGAUUUACUUUAAAUAACCAUCAGUUUCAGUUCCAUAUGUUCAAUGAUGAGGAUUCUGUCAGCCUGCUCCAAAAAACCCCUUGUCUAUCAACAUUUAAUGAUCCAUCUGGUCAAAUGAGUACCAAUAACAAAGUGUCGAAAUCAAGAAAGAAAAGUUCACCCAGCAAGAGUGGGGCUAUGAACCAAAGCUCUUCUCAAAAAAACACCAGGAAAAAAUCACCCAAAGCCAACAACAAAGGGAGUGAAAAGCCACCUGGCAAAACCUCCCGCCAGGUCCCUAAGUCAACAAAGAAAGGGAAAUACAUGGCUGCAAUCAAUGGAGAGAAAAUGCAAAUUGGCAUUGGCCGUGGAGGAGGUCAAAUCAACAGCAUAUCCACAGGGAAGACAUUGGCCGAAUGUAUCCAGCAUGGUGGCCCUGUGGCCUCUAUGAAGAUGCCAAAUCAGAAGGGACUUUCUGGAGAUUGGGCUUUGGGGAAGGAGAGCAACCCAGGCUGGAGCGACAUGAGCAUGGGCACUAACACCAACAGCCUCCUGGAUGAUGACCAACGGGAGUUUCAAGAGCCUUCCUAUAUCUUGUCCAACAUCGCCUCUGGUAUGGCAGAUGUGCAGAGAUUCAUGAUGGCCUCCAUAGAGCCCCUUUGGGAACCCUUGGAGCACCAUGAGGACCCCAACAUAUUCUACUCCCCUGAGUCCAAUAGUCUAAAAUUAAAAACCCUCAAAAUAUUGGCUGGGACACCACAGGAAUCUAAGAAAAAGGUCAACAGUGGGUCCCCAGGAGCCACUAAGAAUCACAGGUCCAUCAAGGGUGUGAGUAAAAGCAAUGGGAAAGCAGCGAUAGGUGAUCCUGGUCGUGCAAACACGCCUGGUUAUAAUAAUGAGGACUCUUGCUCUGCCUUCUUUGAUAAAAAGUAUAAUAACCUGAGCACUUUAGGCAAUAACGGACCAACACACAAAAAGUUAUAUCGUCACAAAUCCAGCUCCAAGGCCCUGAGAGAUGAGAAGUGUAAGGGAAAGCGCAUGGAGCGGGAACAGGUCCACAAGGAUGAGGCUGGGACAGCUUCUUUUGAAAAACUGAGGGAUUCCGACUACAAUCUCCUAAAAGCAGAAACAGCAUUUUGGGUUUUACCUGUGUUUGAAGAAGAGACUCGCAUUUUCCAGAAAGACAUUUGAUGUUUGUGUUUUAUUUCUUUCAAAAUAUGCCUUGUGGUAUGUAUGUUGACAUGUAAGUGCUUAAAGAAAAGAAUUUUAAAGCGUGGGAAUAAGUCUUUGGAAGCAAACUUUAAUCUGAUGUUCUAUGUAAAAGGCUUAAGAGUCAUACAGUUGCACAAGUAGUUUAUGCACUAUUUACCCAAGGAAAACAUUGUGCCAAACUACAAACAAGUGACUGUAUUGUAUAUAUUUUUACUUCUAUAUCAACAUUUGGUUGUGAGUAUUUGGGGAGCUUGUCCCUGUUGAAUUACUAGAAGCAUUCCAGUGAUUCUUGCUAUUAACCACCCCCACUUAUGUGGAUAGCACCUGUAGAUCACAGUGGAAAAAUAUGUUGUGUUACACAAUUUACCAAAACUUAAAGGAUACUGUUUGAAAUGUGCCAAAUUUCCUUACCUCAUCUCACAGAUUCACUCACAGUUUAAAGCUCAUUAAUGAAUUUUUAAAAUAUAUAUAUAUAUAUAUAUGCAUACAUAUGUUAUUUUACAAUUUUAAAGUCAACUGUCCUGUGUGGAAACAUGAGCAAUUAAACAAGGCACAAAAUAGGGUUUGUUUGUUCCAUUGUCUAAGAGUUAAAAUGUUGGAAAGGUCUGGAAGUCACAACAGCUAAGGCCAUCAGGGGCCCAAGUAUAUGCAUUUACAGAAUGUUUUAAAAGGAAACAAAACAGCUGCUUUAAAGUUUGUUUUCUAAAAGCAAAAUCUGUAGCUGAAAAUUAUUUAAAGUGCAAAGUUAUAUUGCUGGACUUUAUAUCUCGGUUUUAUAUAUUUUAUAAUAGUCUGGGAUAAAUUAUAAAAUAGUUAUAAAAUCAACACUAAUGAUAAAUGAAAUACAUAGAUUGCUUUUAUUUAAGUAGUUUCCUAAAUGUUUUAUUCCACUUUUGUCAAAAGUGCACUCAUAUCAUGGCUUUAGUGUUCUUUAAGUGUUUAAUCUUGCAAUGCCAAUGUCAUUUAAAGAAAAUGUUAAGGCAUCUCAGUUCAACUCCUGUGAGUUACGUACAUAUAUCAGAUAAACUGAACAAUUUGUGGUAACAACUAAUCGGGGCCAUAUAUACUUAGUCUUAGGAUGACUGGUAUUUGAUGCCACACACUAAAUUUAAAUCUCAAUUUUUUAUAUAAAUUUUUGAAAUCAGAAUUUUUUAUUCAGCCCUCCCCCCCCCUUUUUUUUAAAUUUCACAGCUCCAACAUCCCUCACUACUAGCGUUUUCUUCCCCUUUAUUCACCACUUGACGUCUAACAUUUGAUCUAUUUUCCUUGCACAGUUGAAGGCCUGUGUGUCUGAUGACUGAUGCAUUAUGGCACAGAUGAAAUAAUGGAUGUGAAAGCGCUUUGUAGAUCGUAAAGUGCUAUACAGAUAUAGGGGAUUAAUAUUAUUAAUGUUGUUGGUUGUUGUUGUUGUUACUCUUACUAUUCUUACUAAUA